CAUGUUCCGCAACCACCUGUGCCUGGCCUUCGAGCUGCUCUCCUACAACCUCUACGACCUCCUCCGUAACACCAACUUCCGCGGCGUCUCCCUCAACCUCACGCGUAAGUUCGCCCAGCAGCUUUGCGCCGCGUUGCUUUUCUUGGCCACCCCGGAGCUCAGCAUCAUCCACUGCGACCUCAAACCCGAGAACAUCCUCCUGUGUAACCCCAAACGUUCCGCCAUCAAGAUCGUCGACUUCGGAAGCUCCUGUCAGCUGGGGCAGAGGAUCUACCAGUACAUCCAGAGCCGCUUCUACCGCUCUCCAGAGGUGCUGCUGGGGCUGCCUUACGACCUGGCCAUCGACAUGUGGUCGCUGGGCUGUAUCCUGGUGGAGAUGCACACGGGGGAGCCCCUCUUCAGUGGCUCCAAUGAGGCCGACCAGAUGAACCGCAUAGUGGAGGUGCUGGGGUUGCCCCCACCCCAUAUGUUGGAACAGGCCCCAAAAGCCCGAAAAUACUUUGAGAAGCUGCCGGAGGGGGGCUGGGCCCUCAAGAGGAACAAGGAGACCAAGAAGGAAUACAAAGUGCCGGGGACCCGACGGCUCCAUGAAGUUCUCGGGGUUGAAAGUGGUGGUCCGGGGGGUCGUCGUGCUGGCGAACAAGGCCACGCACCAUCAGAUUACCUAAAAUUUAAAGAUUUGGUGUUGAGGAUGUUGGACUACGAACCCCGCAGUCGAAUCACCCCGUUCUACGCCCUACAACACAACUUCUUUAAGAAGACCAGCGAUGAAGGAACCAACACCAGCAACAGCACCUCUACCAGCCCAGCCAUGGAGCACAGCCACAGCACCAGCACCACCAGCUCCGUGUCCAGCUCGGGUGGCUCCAGUGGUUCCUCCAACGACAACCGCAGUUACCGCUACAGCAACCGCUACUACGGGACCGCGGCCCCACAGCACACAGACUACGAGAUGCAGAGCCCCCAGGUAACCCCACAACCUUUGGGACCCCAUAACUGUGCCCCACAUACCCCAAAGACCCCAUAACCACCAAGUGGGGACCCCAGAACUGUAAGGGACCCCAUAACUGUGCCCCACAUACCCCAAAGACCCCAUAACCACCAAGUGGGGACCCCAGAACUGUAGGGACCCCAUAACUGUGCCCCCCAUACCCCAAAGACCCCAUAACCACCAAGUGGAGACCCCAUAACCACAUGCCCCCCU